CGUUCAUUCUGUGGGCUGAAAAUGAAUGCAUGCACCGUUCUUCUGCUCUUCUGCCUGGGCUCCAUCACUGGGUCUACUGGGAGCGCCAUCGUCGGUGGGAAAGUUGUGAAGCCUCAUUCCAGACCCUACAUGGCGUCACUCCAGACGGUGAAAUUCGGUCACAUAUGUGGAGGGUUUCUGAUUCGAGAGGACUUUGUUUUAACGGCAGCGCACUGCAGAAACUCUGAGAAUUUGAUGGUGGUUCUGGGAGCACACAACAUAAAAAAGAAAGAGUCGAGUCAACAGAAGAUCCCAGUGGCCCAGUACUUUAAACAUCCAGAUUAUAAGAAGAACCAAUACCAUGAUGACAUCAUGCUCCUGAAGUUAAAAACCAAAGCUAAACUGAAUAAGUACGUUCAGCCCAUUCGACUACCGAGGAAAGACGGAAAGAUUCCGGCCGUCAUUAAAUGUUCGACUGACGGAUGGGGACUGACCACAGCGAACGGAGCAGUGGGCUCAGAUGUGCUGAAGGAGGCCACGGAGAGGCUGCAGUUCAACCAGGAGUGUGGCAGCGAACGAAAAUGGAGCAAAUACUUCAAUGAAACCACCAUGCUCUGCACCACAUUUAACAAGAAAACUGGAGGGAUCUGCCAGGGGGACUCUGGUGGACCACUAGUCUGCAACAAGACCCCUCAAGGUAUCACAGCCUUUACUGCUGAGAAACAGUGUGAUAAUCCCAAGUACCCUCAUGUCUUCACUAAAGUCUCCUUCUACAUUCCCUGGAUUAAACAAAUGAUGAAGAGAUACGGGAAUGUUGAGUGAACCACCUUCACUUUCUGAUCAUAUGAACCUUUAUUCACUUUAUUUAACUGCAUUACACGAAAAACAUCAUUAGAAAAGGCUGUAUUAAGAAAAAGUAAUUCACUAAGUUUGUAUAUGUGAAUGAUUUUAAUGUGCAAAAGCCUAAUUAAGUCUGUUAUCAGAAGCUGGAGGAGGGGUUAUUUAGCUGGAUGUAAGCCCCCUGCCCUGUAAGAAUAAAGUGUUCUUCAUUCCUUUUGGCAGAAUCAGUCUGUGUUUUGUCUCUUUCAUGGUUUUAGAAUACAAUUUUUUUUCUACAUUUGAGUUUUAAGAUAACUGCAAAUUAAAGUCACAGAAUGCAUGUUGAGCAGAUUUUUAAUUAA